AUGGUUAUGAUUCGUGAAUUUACCAGGUUUCAAUCAACAAUUAGCAAGCAUAUAAUUACACAAGGUAAAUAUAAAGAAUGUAUGGGUAGGAUAGCUAACCAGGCAAUGAUUUUAUCAUCGGCAAGCUCAAAUCGACUACCUCAUGAAUUGUUUCGGGGUCUUACUCUAUCAUCAGUUACUUCCCUAGCAUUGAAACCUUUCCCCAUGAUUCAAUUCAACUUACAAUUACCUUCUUUCACAUCAGAGUCCCUACAUGAGAAUCAAUUCUUUGCAGUUCAUCUAUUAAGACCUAAUCCAACUUCUAUUGAAUUGGCAAGAAAUUUCAGUAAGGGUGCAGUUAGGAAUGUGACUAAUACUGGGUUCACACCAACAAAACCAUUUCAAGACUUGAAUGAGAAUGAACACUAUGCUACUUAUACGAUUGAAGGGACUGAACUAGUAAUCCCCAUCUUACAAAAUUCCGACAGAGUAUUGAUAUGCCAGAAAAAAGACGUAUUUAGGGUUGGUGAUCAUGAAAUUUGGGUUGGUCAAGUUGAUGAUAUUUUAGUUAACGACGAUAAGGCCACUGGUGGUCUAUUAUACUGCAAUAGAAAUUUCCAUAUUCUUGGUAACAAAAUAGAAUAG